AUGCAGCUCAAGUCGCUCAGCGCCGGCCUCGGCGCAAAGCAGCCCAUCAAGAAGCGCAACGCACCCGCAACGUCGUCGUCGGACAGCUUCGAGGACCUGGCCAAAAAGGAGAAGCGCGCGCGCCGCUUUGAGCGCGAGCAGCAGGAGUUCCGACGUGCAGAGGACGAGGUGCUGACCAGCGCCAUCGCAUCGACCAGUCUAGCAGGGCGGCUCGGCGCUGCAGCCAUGGCACCAGGGCCCACCAACAGCAAGGGCAAGAACGGCAGGGGCGCCAACGGCCACGGCCACGACCCCAACGGCGCCGCUGCCGGAGGUGGCUAUGGCAAAUACGGUAAGAAGAACGCGUGGCAGGCGCCCCCGGCGGCCGCCCACUCGUUUGUCGACCCAGAGGUGGCCGACCCCAACGUCAUCGACUGGGACGAGCACACCGUCGUCGGCCUCUCGACCAAGCUCGAAAAGCCCUACCUCCGCCUCACCUCGGCGCCCGACCCAAAGACGGUGCGCCCGCUCUCGACGCUCCAGCAGACGCUCGAGCUGCUCAAGCGAAAGUGGCGCACCGAGAACAAUUACGCCUACAUCUGCGACCAGUUCAAGAGCAUGCGGCAGGACCUCACGGUGCAACGGAUCAAAAACGACUUCACAGUCAAGGUCUACGAGAUCCACGCCCGGAUAGCGCUCGAAAAGGGUGACCUGGGCGAGUACAACCAGUGCCAGUCGCAGCUACGAGGGCUGUACGCCUACAACAUCCCCGGCUGCGUCAUGGAGUUCCUCGCGUACCGCAUCCUCUACCUCCUGCACACCAAGAACCGCCGAGACGUCAACGCGCUCAUGUCCGAGCUGACGGCCGAGCACAAGGCCGAGCCGGCGGUGAGCCAUGCGCUGGCGGUGCGGUCGGCGCUCGUGACGGGCAACUACCACGCCUUUUUCAAGCUCUACCUCGACGCCCCGAAUAUGAACGCCUACGUCAUGGACCACUUCGUCGAGCGGGAACGGGUCAACGCGCUCCUAGUCAUGUCCCGAGCGUAUCGGCCCUCGCUCUCUUUGAGCUACAUCGCAUCAGAGCUGGCGUUCAACGACGUGGCAGAGGCCCACGCGUUCCUCAGCUCGCACGACGUGGCCAUCUACGUCGACCCGACGCCCGCCGAGCUGGCGCAGAUGGGGCUGAUGGCGCCGCAGGGCGGCAAGAAGCGCAAGAGCAACCCGACGCCCCAGGUGCCGCUCGACAAGCGCACGUGGGACGCCAAGGCGGCCAUGGAGCCCCUCGCCACGGCCAUGGAGCGGUAUCGCAAGGUCGACAUCAAAGGCCAACUGUGA